CCCGCUCCCCAGCCCCUAUGACCAACAUGAGCUGGAGCUUCCUGACGCGGCUGCUGGAGGAGAUCCACCACCACUCCACGUUCGUGGAGGUAUGGCUCACGGUGCUUGUGGUCUUCCGCAUCGUGCUCACAGCUGUGGGAGGAGAGUCUAUCUACUCCGACGAGCAGACCAAGUUCACGUGCAACACGCGCCAGCCAGGCUGUGACAACGUCUGCUACGAUGCCUUUGCGCCCCUGUCCCACGUGCGCUUCUGGGUGUUCCAGAUCGUGGUCAUUUCCACGCCCUCCGUCAUGUAUCUCGGCUACGCUGUGCACCGCCUAGCCCGCGCCGCGCAGGAUGAGCGCCGUCGCGCGCCCCGCCACCGCCGCCCAGGGCCCCCGUGCGCCGCUACCGAUAACCCCCCGCCGUCCCACCCCAGCUGGCCUGAGCCCAGCAACCUGGGAGAAGAGGAGCCCAUGCUGGGCCUGGGAGAGGAGGACGAGGAGCCAGGGGUAGCUGAGGGCAUGGAGAGGAGGACGAGGCCGAGGACGUGGGCGCGGCCAAGGGCCGCCGGCGGGGACGCCAAGACGGCGGGGACCCCGGGUCCCAAUGGGCCACACGACGGGCGGAGGCGCAUCCAGCGCGAGGGCCUAAUGCGUGUGUACGUGGCCCAGCUGGUGGCACGGGCUGCUUUCGAGGUGGCCUUCCUGGUGGGCCAGUACCUGCUGUACGGCUUUGAGGUGCCGCCCUUCUUCCCAUGCAGCCGCCAGCCUUGCCCGCACGUGGUCGAUUGCUUCGUGUCGAGGCCCACGGAAAAGACGGUCUUCCUGCUGGUCAUGUACGUGGUCAGCUGCCUCUGCCUGCUGCUCAACCUCUGCGAGAUGGCGCACCUGGGACUGGGCAGCGCACAGGACGCCGUGCGCGCCCGUCGCCCCGCGCCCACCGCCCUAGUCCCACGCUUGCGCCCGCCGCCCUGCCUGCCUCCCGCGGCGCCCGCGGGCCUGGCCUGCCCGCCUGACUACACUGUGGUGCGCGCGGCAGAGCGUGCGCGCGCCCACGACCACCUGGCUACUAUGGCGCUGCGGUCGCUGCGGAUGGGCAGGCGCCCGGGGACCGCGACAGCCCGCCCUGUCCAGGCCUCCCCGGAAGCCUCUCGGGGGCGCCCGCGGGCCGGUGCGCCACCUUCCGGAUCGGGCAGUGCUACGUCGGGGGGCACGGGCGGGGGCCAGGGCGGGUCGGGCGCUAAGCCCAGGGCGGGCUCGGAGAAGGGCAGUGCCAGCAGCAGGGAGGGGAAGACAACGGUAUGGAUCUGAGGCCCCGCGCCCACAGCGCCCAGUCCCUCCUCCACCUAGGCACGGGGUGGGGGCUGGGGGCCACACGCAGAGCACCACCUGCCGCUGCCACCUCCCCCUCGGCCCACCGCUCUCCCCCUUAGGAGGGGCGGGAGGGGGAAGGGUACCUCCUGCUCAGUAUCACUGCCCCUUCCCCGCUGAGCCCCUUCUCUGUCUGGGGUAAGAGGAGAGGACAGGCCUGGCCACCACGAAGGCUCCCCAGUUCUGAUUCAUAAACCCCGGGGUGGGGCUGGGGGGUGGGGGCUGGGCAGGGCUUUGGCUAGGUCACUGCCUCUCCGCAUGCCUCCUCCAGGGUCACCUUGAGCCUCCCUGGCUAGGAUGCCCAGCCCUUCCUUCAGAGGCUCCCUGGGACCUGGCUGGUGCCUCAAGACAAGAGCUUAGGAUUGAGUGCCCCUCUUCCCCGCUCCCCUAUAGCAGCCAGGGUGUGCUGCCCAGGGGUGUCUGGCCUGGGUGUUGGGGCUACUGUGCUGUCCUCACUCCCUGCAGCAGCCAAUGGAGCUCCUUCCCCAGCACCCCAGCCCCCAACCCAUCUGUUGGUUCCUGCAGAGCCAGGAGCAUUCCUGGGUCUUCCAUGUGCAGCAGGGGAAACAGGCAGAGUGGGUAGAAGCCCCUGAGCACAGCCCUGUGCUGCGGCUCCUCCCCACUUAAUCAUCUGGGGCCCAGUGCAUAAGCUGCUCAUCCUCCUGCGAAUACCGGCCUGCACCCUGUCCCCCGUUUCCUGCCCAUACAGCUGGGCUGAGGCACUGGAAAGCUGGAGUGGACACCCCGUUUCCUGCCUAUACAGCUGGGCCAUGCCCUCUUAAAUUUCUCUGUGGCCUGGCAGAGCCCUUCCUCUGGGACAGACGUGGAGCUCUGUAAAGACCUUGGUCUGCCCUGCUGCUGGGACCAACAGGGUGGUGGCCAGGGGCUGCGGCUUCGGUGGUGCUUGGGGAAGGGGCUCUGGGCUCCUGCCCAGGGCUUCCCUGCCCUCAGGCCCCCUUCCUAAUUUAGGCACAGCCUCCCAAACAA